ACUAUUUGCAUUGUUAAUAAGUAACCGUGCGGCCCGGUCAGAAGGUCCACAACCGCGUGCCAGUCGACUCGUCGGAACAAUUGUAAUAAUGAAUAUCGACGCACUCACUACAAAACUCCAUCGAAACUAGUCGUGUUACAAAAAAUUAAUACAACCUUGAUAUUGAAAACUUUUUUAUAUAAGUGACUUGUGAUAUUACUAUGGCGUACAAACGGUUCAAUGUGUAUAAGACGAUGAUGGUCUCCUCGCUGGUGAUAUGGUUGGCGCUGAGGUACCAGCAGCUACCCAUCCAGAAGGAAACAAAGUUGUCCCUCGGAUACCCGCAGAAAUCCUUAAUGAACUUCACGGAAUUGGCAAAUGCGUACGGGUACGAGUCAGAAGAGCAUAUAGUGGAGACUGAGGAUGGAUACCUGCUUACGGUGUUUCGUAUGAGAGCUCCAGGGAAGGAGAGAGGCACGCCGACUUUGCUUAUGCAUGGAUUAUUACAGAGUGCUGACUCAUUCGCAGACGCGGGGCCAGCUGCUGGUCUCGCUUACCUCCUGGCGGACGCGGGCCAUGAUCUCUGGCUUGGUAAUGUACGAGGGAACUACUACUCCCGAGCCCACACCCGCCUGCAGCCAGAAGAUACUGCUUUUUGGAACUUCUGCGUCGACGAAAUUGGACGUUAUGACGUGCCCGCUAUGGUCGACUAUGUUCUGCAGCAGACUGCCACCAGUAAGCUCAACUACAUCGGCUACUCGCAAGGAGCUGGUGCCUACAUCAUCAUGUGUUCCGAAAGGCCGGACUAUUGCAAUAAGGCCCAAGUAAUGAUCGGCCUAGCGCCUGCUGCGAGACAGUUAAACACCAGUUCUCGGUUAUACAAACUAUUAACAACGACUUUAAUGAAAAUGGAAUGGUUUUUAACCUCAACUGGUGUCGUGGAAUUGUUCUCAAAAGGCUCUCUAAGCCAGGAGUUUGUAGCAUUCUUCUGCCAGCUAAAUCAUAUAACUGACAAAUUGUGCGCGACCGGAAUGAACAUGUUUGACUCUGUCGAUUCUCUACAUCCAGGGUCUGUGACGAAUGAGACGACAAGGACACUAUUUGGCCAUUUUCCUGCUGGAACUUCGUUGCACAACAUGGCGUGGUACGGGCAAGUGAUGAACACUGACAGAUAUGGAAAAUUCGACUAUGGAAAAGAGCGGAAUCUUGCACUGUAUGGUACUGCCUUCCCUCCGGACUACAAUCUGACUGCAGUUACUGUUCCAGUGGUCGCUAUUUACGGCAGGAACGACGGCCUAGUGGACACAAAAGACGUAGAGUGGUUGCUGGCCAGGCUGCCGAAUGUUCUAGAAGCAGUGGUGGUGAAGGACCCUCGGUGGAACCACCUAGACGUGACCUAUAGCCAGUACACCGGCGAGAUGAUAUUUCCGAAGAUUAAUGAAUAUUUACUUAAAUAUAGUUCUUCUUAGGAAUGUGGUUUCAUUACUAAAAUAUUAUGGUUAAAAAUAUAAGGUGUUGUGACUUGUGUGACUUAUGUGACUUAUGUGGAGCUCCAGGCAGUAUAAUUGCUUUGUUACUGUUUA